AGGUAUUCGAGCCGGCAAAAUGUGGCACCCGUUCAGACUAUCUCCGUCUUCUCCAAUCCAAUGGCGUCUUUAACCCUAACCCUAACCCUAAUCUUCUCCAAACCCUAGAUCCGAUCCAUUGGCGAGCUCGUCAUCCAGCAGCCAUGGCGAAGGUCGACGGCCAAGAGAAGGUCAUCGCUACGGCGCAGCACAUCGUGAAGAGCCUCGCCACCUCGACUAACGCCGCCGAGGACAUGAUCCGCAUCCUUUCCGGCUUUGACAACCGUCUCUCCGACCUCUUCCCUUCGCCUGCUGCUCCUGAUGGCGAUGGCCCUCAGGAGGAGGCGUCGGAGGCUGAGCUUCUCCUCGAUGCUGCCGACCAGGUUGUUCUUCGAUGGGACAACUCGGAUUCGCUACUCUUCGAUGUUGGUGCGUCUCUUGAUGAUGCCUCCGAAUACCUCACCGCUGUGGAUGAUCUCAUCUCGCUCGUCUACGAUGAGGACUGUUCCGAUGAUCUCCGAUCCCGCGCGGAGACCACUCUCCAGAUCUCUAUGACCCGGCUUGAAGAUGAGUUUCGACAUCUGAUGAUCCGCCAUACCGUGCCGCUCGAUCCUCAGAACCUCUCUGACCCUGGGCCCCGUCGACCCUCGCUUUCCUUCUCCUCCUUCUCCGCUGCCCGACCCUCCCCUUCCUUCUCGUCCGACCACGGUGAGCCCUCCCCCAUCGAUGACUCGGAGAGUUCCGCUGAGGACGACCACCAGAUUCCCCAUCACAAUAGCGCGGAUCCCGAGGGGGAGGAGGAGGAGCAGCGGCAGCAGCAGCAGCAGAGCUCGUCGGAACUGAUCCAUCCCGAGGUGGUCGCUGAUCUCAAGUCCAUCGCCGACCGCAUGAUCCUUUCUGGUUAUGGCAAGGAGCUCUGUCAGGUCUACAGCAGCGUGCGGCGCGAAGUGCUCGACGAGUGCCUUUCGAUUCUCGGCGUCGAUCGGAUGAGCAUCGACGAGGUGCAGCGCAUCGAGUGGCAGACACUCGAUGAUCGGAUGCGUAAAUGGGUUCAGGCCGUGAGGGUCGGCAUCGGCUUGCUUCUACCCGGCGAGCGCCGCAUCUGCGACCAGAUCUUCGCUGAGUCUUCUACUCUUCGCGAUGAGUGCUUCGCAGAGGCUGCUAAGGGAUGCGUCAUGCAGCUUCUCAACUUCGGUGACGCCAUUGCUGUCUGCCGGCGCUCGUCGGAGAAGCUCUUCCGCAUCCUUGGCAUGUACGAGGCGCUCUCUGGUGUGAUGCUGGAGCUCCGCAGUAUGUUCCCUGGCGAGCACGGGGAGCUCCUUAUCACUGAGGCUGAGGAGAUACUGACUAGGCUUGGAGAUGCCGCUAAGGGGACCUUCAAUGAAUUUGGCAAUGAUGUCCAGAAUGAGAAUUCUAAGAAGACGAUGCCAAAUGGCGACAUACAUCCAAUCACUCGCUAUGUGAUGAAUUAUCUUGUGCUCUUGGUUUCUUAUAAGGAUUCUCUUGAUUUCCUCCUUGAUGAGAGCUCCCCUGAUGAUGGGAAUCACCCUGAAAGCAUUGAACAACGAGAUGGAAGUGGUGAUUUUGGUCUCAUGAGUCCCACUGCUCGUCGUUUGCUGGCUUGCAUCUCAUAUUUGGAGGCCAAUCUUGAGGAAAAAUCAAAACUUUAUGAUGAUGGAGGGAUGCAAUAUGUGUUCUUAAUGAAUAAUAUGCUAUAUAUAGUUCAAAAGGUGAAGGACUCCGAGCUUAGAGCUCUUCUUGGAGAUCAUUGGGUGCGCAGACGGCGCGGGCAGGUUCGGCAGUAUGCAACAAGCUACCUCAGAGCUUCAUGGACAAAGGUUUUAUCAUAUUUGAAGGAUGAUGGAUUGGGUGGGAGCGGGAGUUCAAAUAGUGCUUCAAGGAUGGCUAUCAAGGAUAGGUUCAAGAACUUUAACAUGGCCUUUGAAGAAAUUUAUAGGACUCAGAUUGUUUGGAGGGUUGCUGAUAAUCAGCUUCGUGAAGAGCUUAGGAUUUCCAUAUCUGAGAAGGUCAUCCCUGCAUACCGUGCUUUUAUGGGCAGGUUCGGUGGUCAUUUAGAGGGCCGUCAUGCUGCAAAGUACAUAAAGUACACCCCGGAAGAUUUGGAAAACCAUCUGUUGGACUUGUUUGAAGGAUCCCCUGGUGGACCACAAAACCACCCUAGGAGAAAACUUGGUUCAUAACCGGAAGUAAAGGUGCUGGUCAUUUAUUUGUGCUGCUUUGUUAUCUGGUGCUGGUUGUUCAAAAUUCCGAUAUCUUGUUGAAUGUGAACUCCAGACAGAAGAUCAUCAUGAUCGAGGUAAUGUGGAUGGGCUUAUCUAUGUUGACAUGACUUUGGCAUAAGAUAUGGCGAUGGACAAGCUUUGUGACUUCUAACCUGUUCAUAGUUUAGUAUUUCCUCGAGUAUAAGGCUGCUAUUUAUCCAUGCAUGGAUUUCAUUGUCAGAAUAUAGUUCUCAUGUUUGUUCGAUCAAUCACUUUUUGUUCUGGAAUUUAUUCUAGUGCUUCUUGAACAUCAUGCACUUGUGCGAAUGAGCAUUCUGUUUUCUCUGUUCAAUCAAUCACUUUUUGUUCUUGAA